AUAAACGAAUUGGUGGAUGCCCGUGAUGUCAGCAUUGGAGCCUGGUUUGAAGCUCAUAUAGAGAAUGUUACCAGAGCAACAAAGGGACAUAAGAAUGGUAAAGCUCAAGGAAAGAGUGGUAACAGUUACAAAAGGACUAAUGGAAACUUAAGUCAAGACCAUUCUAGAGAAAAUGCAAAUAGUUUGGACAGUACACCAUCCACAUCUUAUUCAGACUGUAUGGACACUGAUGAAGAAGCUAUUUAUCAUAUCAAGUAUGAUGAGUACCCAGAGAAUGGCAUAGUAGAAAUGGACACCAGUAAUCUUCGACCUCGAGCAAGAACCAUUCUGAAGUGGAGUGAACUAAAAGUGGGUGAUGUGGUGAUGGUUAACUACAAUGUUGAGACUCCAGAAGAAAGAGGAUUUUGGUUUGAUGCAGAAAUUACCUCUUUGAGAGAAAUCUCAAGGACUAACAAAGAGGUUCAUGCUAAAAUUCUUCUGGGAGGCCCAGAAGACACAAUAAAUGACUGUAAAAUCCUUUUUAUAGAGGAAAUGUACAAGAUUGAAAAGCCAGGAGCCUAUCCAUUGACAUUUGGGGAUGGAGAUUUCAAAAGAAAAAGUGGCCCUGAAUGCAAACACUGUAGGGCUGAUCCAGAUAAGGAGUGCCGUUUUUGUUCAUGUUAUUUGUGCGGUGGAAAACAGGAUGCUCACAUGCAGCUCCUAUGUGAUGAAUGUAAUAUGGCUUAUCAUAUAUACUGCCUGAACCCUCCAUUAAGCAAGAUACCAGAAGAUGAGGACUGGUAA